AAAAGCGCUCACUCUGCGCUCUCCGGCCCGCUCUCCCCGCGAGCUCACGGGUUCGAUUAAUUUUGUGUUUCACGAAAACAAGCACUUGUGUGAAGGGUUAGGCGGCCGACAGACAGGAAGGGAAAAGCAAGUGUUUGCCCCCUCAGCGCCGCAGCGGGGAGGUGGCUCCUUGUCCCGCACUGCCCCUCCUUCCAUCGCACCCGCAGCCGGCCCUCGGCCGCGGCACGGCGGCCCGUCAGCCUGCCUGGCCAGUCCCCUGUCCCCUGGGGCUGCUCGGGCCUGCUGCGCAGCUCCUCUCCCCCUGCUUGUUGCGGUGCUGUAGUUGCCCUUCCCCGGAGUCUGGACCACAGGAGUCUCUGUAGGGAGAUCAAGCAAUGAAUAAAAUCACUCCUAGUUUUCACUGUUUUGUGCAUAUGGAUAGUAAAUGCCAGCUGAAAGAAUAAUCCCAGAGAGAAGUUAAGGACAUGUACAAAUACAUUGAUAUGUGGUCGCUUUUAUGGAUAAAUUAUGUCUCAGUAUCUAAAUCUAGUGCCUCUACUGCAACUAAAAUUUUCCCACAACGUAAUGUAUGCAGCACCAAAGUGUUAACAGAAGUAGGGAAGUUUUGCUCAAAAUCAUGGCAGAGAAUGUAUCAUCUUCUUCAUCUUCCCAAAGCCACCUGUAUUGUGGUGUUGUCUGUGCGAAGUUUGUCUCUCAACAAUGGGUCUCAUUGUUUCCUACUGUAAUACAGCUGCCUCUCACUUGUAUAAAGUAGGUAAGCAAAUAAUCUUGUACAGACGCAUAUAACCAGGAGUCAGGAAUCUGAAACUCUUAAUUCAGUGAUAGGGGAAAGCAGACCAGCAGCUGGGGCUUGCAUUCACAGCUUGUUUGGAAAGAGGGUCCCCAGAAGUAAAAUGUUGAGGAACUGAGGUGCAGUGAAGACUACACCUCAGAGCUCCUGAGAACUGAGUGCAUCAGUACAGCGCAGUGGUCACCCCAAUGACAUCAUAGCAGAAAAGGGCAGAGGGCAACUUCAGAAAUAUUCUCCAGUGUGGUUUGGGAGCUCAGGAGGGGUUUUGUAAGUGAGGAUCAUUGCCAGGGCUGUGCAGGAGCUGCAGGCUGAACUGGUGGGAGGAAAGGGCAGGGGAGAGCUCAUGGCAGGGCUGGAAAAUGGUGCCAGAAUGCAUGGACAGACCAAGCUGGAGGAGUUGAAUGAGCAAGGCAGAAUGUGAAUCAAGCCUGUGUUGCUGCUGUCUGUUGUAGCAUGAUUUGUAUUAUUAAUAUUUUCUCUUUUUCAUCAUCUGCAGAUUGUGUUCCUGAUAACACAGGACACUGAAAUCUCUUCCAGUGUCUGGAGUUGUAGGGGUUUUGCACAGAUUUUCUGUUCCGAGAGCCUUUUUUUUUUUUCUGAACAUGACCCUGUAAUGUGAAGUGUGUGGUUUUUAUUUAUUAUGUUAGCCUGUCCUUCCUGCUCUGUGGUUGCUUGCCUUUCAAAUGACGCUCCAGGUCCCUGCCUUAGGACUCUGAUUUGCCUGUCUCUGUCAGCAGCAGGUGAGCAGCAGGUGCCUGGAAGGCAGGCAGACCCGUUCUACAAGUGUGUGCCUACCUGCCCUCUAACGUGUUGGAUGUACACUCCAGUCAUCUCCUCUCCCUGGGGAGACAGCUGAGAAGACCUUCUGAGGAGUAAACAAUUGAAGCUGGGCAGGUCUGGUGUAGACAAAUCAGUGGGAAGGAACUUAGGUAUAAGAAUUACAACCCAACGAGGUAACCGGCAGCAUUAUCAGGAGUGGCCUCAGACAAACGGAGCUGGCAGCAGGUGAACUCCAGGAAAAGGCUACCACAGGGCAAGAGAAGUGGUAUAAUUCAGAAGACAGAAGUUGGAGACCUACUUGCUCAUAAUUGAACAUGGCAGGGGAUGUAAAAAGAUUCACACGCAUGCUGCUGGAAUGCAACAGCAAUGACAAACUGUGUGUUGUGCGUGAAUAUCAGACUGAAGUGAUUGUUGUCCCAGUUCUCCUUGUGGGUGUUUUUGUCAUCAUGCUAACUGUGAUCCUUUGGCUCCACUGCCGAGGCUUGCGAGCAAAGCAGGAGCAAUCUGGACACCAAGUGAAUGACAAGAAUCAGCAGGAAUACAGCUCAACAGAGAGCCGCUGUAUCCAGCUGAGUGAGAUGUCUGUGGAAAGCCUGCUAAAUUCUGCAUCCUUGACUCUGAAAGAACUGGAGAUACCACGAGAGAAACUCUUACCAGGCACUUGGCUGCUGAUAAAACAUGGUCGCUAUGGGAGCAUCUACAGAGCACAGCUGGAAAUUGGGAGCCCCAGGAAGACUAAGACAGUAGUACUGAAAGUCUUACAAGACCUGGCUAGUCCCCAGAAAGUAAAGGAUUUCCUGGGAAGGAUUAAAUUUCAUCAAAAUCUUGGCCAUCAUGAGAACCUGGUUGAAUUGGUUGGAUGCUGUGUAGGUCAGCUCCCACUUUAUAUGAUCAUGGAAGAUGUCUCUCUUGGUGACCUAUUGACAUUUUUAUGGACAUGUCGGAAGGAUGUAAUGACAACGGAUGAUGUUCCCUAUGACUUCACCGAGAGACAAGUAUAUGAAGUUGGACAGCAGGUUGCAGCAGCUCUGGCUUAUCUUGAACAGAAGAAAUUGUUCCAUGGUGAUGUUGCUGCCAGGAAUGUCCUCCUUCAUUACAACUUCACUGCUAAGCUCUGUGGUUUCGGUCUGGCCUAUGAAACUCACACAUACGGUGUCAACUCAGUCACAAAGAUUGUGCCAGUCAAGUGGCAGGCACCAGAGCGGCUCCUGAAGAACCCCCCCAGCAUCAAGGCAGACAUAUGGUCUUUUGGAAUUCUACUGUAUGAAAUGAUUACGUUAGGUGCUCCACCAUAUCCUGAGGUGCCACCUUCUGAUAUUUUACCAUACCUUCAGAGAGAGAACAGGAUGAAACAGCCCUCAAGCUGCCAGCAAGCCAUGUACAGCAUCAUGAAGUCCUGCUGGCAGUGGAAUGCAACUAACCGGCCUUCUCCAGCAGACUUGAUGUGGUCUCUACAAACAGCAAUGAAGAACAGCAACAAUCAUGCAGUACUGCAGGUGCCUGAGCUGGUGGUGCCUGAACUCUAUGCUAAUGUUGCUGGUGUUGAUGUACUCAAUCUAGUGAGGGAAUACACUAUACUUUGAAGGACCUUGAUACAUGUUGGUAUAAGAGUUCUCUGAGUCUGCCCUUUCUAGACACUUUGCAAGCUCAGGAUAAGGUGUGUAUGUUGGGAGGAAUCCCUUUGUUUUUUGAACAUGUUGUAUAUAUGUGAUCUCUCCUCCAUUCCAGAAACAACAGACUGUUUUCAUUAUUAUGAAAUCAACCUGUUGAUAUCAGUCUGCCAGUGGUCCUUGUUUUUUAGGAAGCUAUAGAAAAUGUAAUGAGAACCUUGAAUUAGAGUGUAUUGGGUUUGUGUAACAAGGUUUUGGUAGCAAGAGGACUUCAGGGGUGGCUUCUGUGAGAAGACACCAGAAGCUGCCCCCAUGCGCAACAGAGCCAGUUCCAGCCAGCUCCAAGAUGGACCUGCCACUGGCCAAAUCCGAGCCCGUCAGUGAUGGUGGUAGCACCUCUGGGAUAACGUUUCUAAGAUAAGGGUUAAAAAACCCUGUGCAACAUUAACUGGAAGAGAGAAACAGCCCUACAGACACAAAGGUCAGUGCCCCAAGGAGGGCAGGAGGUGCUACAGGCCCUAGAGCAGAGAUUCCCCUGGAGCUCGUAGUUCAGACCGUAGUGAGACAGGCUGCCCCCUGCAGCCCGUGGAAGUCCACAGUGGAGCAGAUUCCGCCUGCGGCCUGCGGGGGACCCCAUGCUGGAGCAGUCAGAUGCCCGCAGGAGGCUGUGACCCCUUGGGAAGCCCACACUGGAGUAGGUUUGCUGCAGGACUUGGAACCUGCAGCAGGGGACCCAUGCUGGAGCAGUCUGUUCCUGAAGGGCUGCACCCCGUGGACGGACCCAUGCUGGAGCAGUUUGUGAAGAAUUGUGGGAAGGACCAAUGCAGAAGUUCAUAAAGGACUAUUCCACAACCUCCAUUCUCCAUCCCUCUGCAGCCCUGGAGAAGGUAGAGAAAAUCAGGAGUGAAGCUGAGCUCAAGAAGAAAGAAGUGGGGAGCAGGUGUUUUAAGAUUUAGGUUUUAUCUCUCAUCAUCCUACUCUGAUUUUGAUUGACAAUAAAUUAAACUGAUUUCCCAA